AUGCCGUUGAUUGCCGGGUACAAGGACUACAAGAUCCCUGGAGAACUUCCUGAGGAGGAGCCGGCAGAAGGUGAUGAUGGGCAUGGUGUUGGGCCUUUGGAUGAGGAUACAGGAUUCUUGGAGGAGAUCGACGAGCCAGAGCCUGAGGAGAGCGAGGACAUCCAAGGGGAGCUGGACGAGGUCAAUGAGGAGUUUAAAAGGGUUUUCAGAGAAAUCGGAGAUGGAGUUCAGUACCAGAACCUCUACUACAUGGUGCCCUUGAAAACUCGCCUUGCGCCAGAAGUGGAAGCUGCGAUCAGGCUUCGAAGCUACCAAUGUCGUGCUGGCCGCUGGCAAUGGGACACGCAGCUUGGGCUCAGCGAGAGUGUGCAUUGGGGACCACAAGGGGAAGUCGUAGUACCCGACCAAUCUACAGAGCUGAGUCCAGGUCCUACAAGAAGAGUUCGUGACAAGUCUACGCUUAUGGCAAUGAGUCCUUUGACAGUUCUAGAGCAGGAGAUCGAGGAGUUGGCAACUCAGUACGAUGUGGACGAGCGCUACGAUGAAGAUGCUGUCCUUGAAAUCUUUGAGCUGUUGGAACGGACUAGGCUCAAGGAGUCCAAGUCCGCUAUCCGCAAGUCACAAAGU